AUGCAACAGUCAGCAGAAGAUGCCGCUGCUGAGCUGCAACGGCGCAAUAUGCCGUCGUCUACGACUAUUUUCCAGUUUCGACGACAGUCAGAGGAUCGUGGCGUUGUCUCCAAGUCAUCGGGGCGAUCAAGUUCUUCCACACCGAGAAAUGUCAUCGUGCCAGACUUGACAGACAUUGGUGAAGCUGCACUCCCAACUGCGCCACCUGAGGAAAAUAUCCCCGUGUCUGGGCCAGCGAAGAAGUAUCUUCAGACUGGUAACUCUCGUGCUCCACCCGUUGAACCUAAGCACAAGGUCAGCACACGGGUCAUGGCACCUGGUUCGUUGCGUGGUAAAGUCCAUUUCUAUUGUGGCGAUGGUAAAGCAGCAGUCGGCGCAGUGCGCAGUGCAAGACGAGCAUUAGGUCAUCUUUCGUUGCAGCAGGGUAUAGCGUUCUUGAUGCUGUUGGCGGGGAUGCUGUCUGAGUCAGGCACCCCAGCUCCGCGUUACAACGUUCCGAUUGCCAUCGCUCUCAUCUUGCUACCAGCAGCAGAAGACGACGGCUUACAACGUGAACAUCACCGCAUGUACAUUACCGGACUGGCCUUGGCCACUGCUCUUGACUUCGUGUGGCUCAUGCGUCCACAAGAAGGAGCGUUCAAUGGAUACUUUGUGGAAAGCUCCAAGAGCUUCACCGAUGUAGGAAUCGCGUUUUGUUCCCUCGCCAAGAUCAGCCUCAUCUUCUGCAACUACUUGGAGCUCGUCGAUACGGAGCCAUUUCUUGAUGAAGACAGCGAAGAGGCUCGUAAAGCACCGGCAAUUCUACCACCCAGCUUCCGUCUGUGGGAUAAACUCAAGUUCUUCUUCCCCAGACGCACACUGCCGAAACGUGCACAGCUGAGUCUUGAAGUGCUGCAUCGUGUGUUAGUACUCGCGUGGAUACACCUUAUCUGUGGUAUCCUCCUGCUUGGCCUUGGACUUAUUGGGACUGUGUGGUAUUCCGGACGCACGCAGUUUCGAGUUCACCCUGUUGGCAUCCCGCUCUAUAUCAUGCUGCUACUUAAGUCAGCUACGACGUUGUUAACAUACUUAACAGUCUCCCAUCGGAUCAACUAUGACGCUUGUCUCGAGCUUUACGGUUUGCGCUCGCGUGACUCCAACACCCGAGUACGACAAGUGGACGGUGUGCAGAUUCGUCUACCUCAGGAACCCGUUCUAGCCUACAACCGAGCAUGGCUACAUCGUGUUCAGCGUGCAAAGGCUGUUGACGGGAUAGCAGGCGGCUAUCUCUUGCUUGUCUUCUACGCAGCUCUACGUAGCGGACAAGUAGUAGGCGGACGAGGCGUCCCCGCGAUGUUAGCUUGCAUAGCGCUGGUUCAACUCGUACUGGACGUGUGGACGCCACUGCUUAUCUUGGUGGCCGGACGUUGUGGCUCAGCAUUGUAUACACUUCAUCAUCAAGGAAUACCCGGGACGGAUCCCCUUUUCCCGCCUCAACUUCGGUGGGAUGACAGCGAUGAAGAUGACAGCGAUGAUAGCGACAGCAGUGACGAUGACAGCGAGUCAGAUAGCGACUCUAAUGGCGAUCACUCGUUUCACUCGUCUUCAUCCAGUGGAGAUGCCGACAGGGCGCCAGCCGAAAGACGAGAACGGAGAUUACGUCAUCGACAACGGCGACUGGAAGACCUGCGAGCAAGUCCACGUGAACCUCAGUUGCCCAUUGUAGACGCGGACGCUGUCGCAGGUAAUCAAACAGCACGUAGUGCUCGUGACAUUGCCACUGCUCGGGAUAUCGUUGACAGUGCCAACAGUUCUGGAACGGGAGUGUGGGUUCGUCACUGGCAUGAGGCAUCAAAGAGGGCUUACUUGGUGCACUCAAUCACCAAUGAAGCAGUUUGGGAAGCUCCGAAACAGUCAACCACACCACCGAUGUCAGCCCGGCUGCCAGCAUCGACUAGAGAAUCUGUCAGACUCGACAGCGCUCGUCUCACUCCUGACAGCGCUCGCUUCACUCCUGCAUCGUUCGAUAAUCACUGGAAGGACUUGGCUGAUGGCGGUGGCUUUAACUGCCGAGUCUCCCGGAUCCCCGAAAUGGCCAUCCUCGGUCGACACCUACACGAGCACGAAUUUAUUGUCGUCUCUGACGGUCUUGGUGUCUCCCAGCAACGAACAGUCUUGUUUUACGCUGAAGACUUUGAAGACGAUGAGGAUUCAGACCUCAUGUUCAUGGGCGAGUUCGUCUUCGAUAGUCUCAGUCUCAAGCUACGUGCUCGCUUCCGCUGUUCUGAACCUGAGCAAAUUGUCCAGUUCGUGAAAAGGUUACAACUCAAGGAGAUCGUGGGCGCUUAUGCCCCCUGCGACUGA